AUGGCGGCGCUGCGGCUUCUCCGGAGGCGCGGGGUCUCGCGGGUUUCGCGGGCCUCGUCGCGGGUUUCGCGGGCCUCGUCGCGGUUUUCUCACGAGCCUCUUGUACGGCGUCGUCUCUUCGAAGUGCAACUCGCCUCUUCUCCUCGGGUCUCGGCUGCCUCCUUACUCGCUUCUUGGCGUGCUUCGCCUGCUUCCACGCUUUUUUCUCCUCUCUCUGCACUCCGCGCCUCUGCCCCCUCUCGCGCAUCGCUUGCUUCGAGUCCGCUGCCUUCGAGUACACGUCCCCUGGCGCCUGCGCCAUUUUCCGCUUCUCGCUCUUUUGCGUCGAGUGCGUCUGCUAAUUCGGAGCGCCUUCCGCGCCGCGAGGCCCGGCGUGUGCGCGGAAAUCGCAUGCAUGCGUCUGCCGUUGUCGCGGCCUUUCAGGAGGGCGCUCGGCAGGGCUCGAUGCGGGCGCUGCUGAGCCGCAUGAGCCGCACAGACGUCCACACGCUGCGUGACGCAGAACUCGCGGCCUGCCUCUGCGCGGUUGCCGACUGCGUGGCGCGCGCCAAGAGACGACCCGCCCAAGAGGACGGCUCGGGCUCGACGCCCCGCGGGAGGCUCGAGCGAGACCCCGCCCCCGAGGCGGAGAUGCUGCGCGCGCACACCUUUUGGCACAGAUGUAUAGGGAAAGUGCUCAAGGGAGACUUGAUUCUCAAGGCUCGACUGAGCGUGCUCGCGGACAUGCUUGACGCGCUCAACAGAGCGGACCUGACGCUUUUCCAGCCCGUCCCCCUUCUCGCUCGUCCCGCGUCUUCUCCCGCCUCGUCAUCGACUUCUUCCGCGGCGUCGCUGAGUGACUCUCCUGCCGUCUGCGCUUCGGCGGAGAGCCCCGCCGCGAGCGGGAAGCCGGUGUGGAUUCCCCAUCGCUUUUACUUUCGUCUCUUGGAGCGUCUGGAGCAAGAGCUCGCUGAGCCGCGCGACAGCGAAGCGACAGGAAGCGAGGCGGAGCCUGUCGAGAGGCAUCCCGACGCCUGCGCGCCGGCGGAGACCCGCGAGGAGGCGCGGAGCGACGCGCACGCGUCAUCAUGCACGUCGAGCGGGAAGGCGGCGGCGGCGGAGGAUGCAGAGCUGCAGACGGGCAACGAGCUGGACGAGGCGCCUCUAAGGGCUGCAGAGAAACUCAGAACGAGGGGAAAGGACGUCGCCAGUCUCCUGCGAAUCGCUCAUGCCAUAGCCGCGAGGCAGCGGAGCGCCCUCGCCGCGCUCGACGCGCUGGAGCAGCGGCUUGAGAGCCGCGCGGCCGCUGAGAGAGGAACCGAGGGAGACGCCGUCGCGGCGUUGCAGGGGAAGAAAGUGCGCAGCGCGCCUCAGUCCGCACAGGAAAAGCCCUCUCCUGACGAGAGAUGUCGAGACGACAACGACAGUCUGCAGCAGCUCUGUCAGGCUCGGUUCUUCUUCCUCUUCUUCUUCGAACGCCUGGCGCAGGCUCUCUUGCCCCCGCUUCUGGAUUCUCUCUCUCUCCCUUCUCUUUCUUCUUCCUCGCCUUCCCUCGUGGGUGUGUCUGCCGCGCCUGCGCUCUUCUCGGCCGCGGCGGCUGCAGACAGCGCCCGAGCAGAGUCGCGCGCCGAGGGUACGAAUCCGCCGGGUGAGGAGGGCGACGCGGCGACGGAAGCGCGUCCUCUCGCGGCAGCCUUCCCCCACGCCAUCGAGAAGAAGAACGACGGAUCGACAGCAGACGCGGCAGCCUCGGGACGCAGUGAAGGAGCCCAGCCGGCGCGGCAGAACGCCCAUGCAAAAGAGAGAAAGCGGGACAACACCUCUUCGUUUCACUUCGAGACGCAGCACGUCACUCCACUUCUCCUAGCCUUCGCGUCGAGCUUGCGGUGUGCAAAGCGAGACGAGAAAGAGAAAGCAGUGACGCGCUGGAUUUUCUCUGUUUCCUCUCCUUCUUCUGUCUGUCCAUCGCCUGCGACCUCGCGGCCUCCUCAGGUUUCUUCUUCUGCAUGCGCUGCCGCCGAGCCUCCUCCUUCGCGCGUCGAUCUCAAAUUGCGUGCCUCGCGUCGCCGGUCUGAGCGUUGCUCCCCGCCGGUCUCUCUCUCGUUCCUGCUCGUUCCUGCGCCUUGCCCGUUUUCUUCUCCUUCGUCUGUUUCAGUUUCUUCUCUCCCUCCCGCGAGCGGAUCUUCGCUCCGCUCUGCGCCGUCUGCCGACCUCUCCGCGCGUUUGCCUUCGCCUGUCGCUUCGGCGGCGGAUUCUCUUGUCUCUUCUUGCGGUCACGCCGCAGCUGAGGAAGCAGACGCGAAGGAGACGCGAAAGCUUUCGUACCGCGCGAUGCGCAAAGCAUUUGUCGCCGUUCCCCGGUCCUUCGCCGACUGUUUUCCUCCGACAGAGAGGACGACGCAGGAGGGCAACGCGGCAGCGAGCGCUGCAGCUGUGAAGCGCGGGUCGACUUACGCGCGCUUUCCUCACCUUAACGCGGUUGUCUCUCUGCUUGCGUCGUGUCUUCUUCCGCACGUCAAGAGCCUCGACCCCGCGGCGGCCCUGGGGGUGCACAUACAGUUGAGUCGGAGCCAGUACGACGUGGAGGCGGCGCGCGCGACGUUGGAGCGGGGUGGGUUUUUUUCGAAGUCUGCAGGUCGACGACCCGAGGUUUUUCCGUUGGAGACCCCCCUCCAGACGCUGCUCCUCGCGUCGUGCCACGACGUCGGGUGCAGACUUCUGCUGCGACUCGUUGAGCAGCCCGCGGGGCUUCUGCGAGAGCUCCCGGGACGAGACAUCCCCUCCUUCAUGUUGUCUGUUUCGCAGUUCAUGCCUCAGCUCAAUGCCGCGCUUCCCAUCGUGUCUACGCCGCCCUCGUCGCCUAAUCUGUCUUCCUCUUCGGACUUUUCUUCUUCUACUUCCUCUACACCUUUGCCGUCUUCUCUUCCCUCUCGUCUGCACUGCGACACUCUCAUUCCCCCCGCUUCUCUCCAGCGCUCGCCGACGUCACCCCACACCUCGCGGCGCCCUCCUGAGCAGCCCGCGCCUCCGUCCUGUCUCCCGUCUUCUGGCGUGUCUUCGCGCGCGGGUGCCACGUCGCGUCCGCCUCUCGCGCGGACCGUCGCGUCGCUGCUGCCUGUCCUCGCGCGGCGGCUGGCCUUCGAGCAGCUGCAAGCGACAGGCGCGGGAGCACACAGGAGAUACGCAGCGAGGCCCGUCCUGUCGCCUGCAGCCAGCUGCGACGCGCUGACGGCACUCGCGGACGCGCAGUGUGGCGGAGAUGCGGAGACGCGCCGCGCCUGCCUCGUGAUCUUUCACGCGGCUCUGGAGGGUCUGUGGAGGCCGCUUGCGCGAAAGAAGAGAGAGAGGCUCUUCGCGCACGAGCAAGGAAUCUCCGCGGAGCGUUGUCAGGCUGCCGCGGCCGAGGGCGAGCAGACGGACUGUGGAGAGCAGCCAAGCCGUUUCUCUGCUCUGGACGGAGUGUCGCUGCGUCUCGAAGGCGAACGGUUGAUCACGCUGAGUCGCCUGGUCAACGCUGCGCUGAAACUGGGGCUGCUGGACGUCUUCACUCGGUCGAGGGGGCGCCUGGGCGCGUGUCGGAAAACAGACGAACGCACCAGGGCGUCUCAUGAGGAUUCCAGCAGACGCCCGAGGAGAGAGGUCGGCGACGGCCAGAGCGCGAAGCAAGCUGCAGAGACUCUAGUGCCGCCCCACACACAGUGGCGGCGACCGGAGAAACUUGAAGAGGACGCCCUCGCAACCGAAGAGGAAGUCGACGUCCUCAGGAAGCUCCUCGCUGCAAACCUGGCGGCCCUGUCGUCUCGCCAGCUGCAGUAUCUGUCGCUGUCGCUUCUCUGCUGUCCGGCUUUCGUGCUUUCGGCGCCUCUCGACUAUGCACGCCCUGCGAAGCGCAGCGCGAGCCGCGCCUCCGGUGUGCUUCUUGCAGUCUCAACUGCCCCUGUCGCGUUCCAGUGCCUCGCGGAGGCGCUGAGGCGCUUCACCCGCGACAAACCUGUAGACGCCGACUUCAGCGCGCGGAGCAGGCGCAAGAGAGAAGAGGAGUGGGCGGGCAGGCAACUUCAGACGAGCCUCAUCGCCGCCACUCUCGGUCUGUGCGCUCCUCUGGUCGAGGGUCCUGCUGCGCCUAGUACCGGCAGUCUCCCCGCGGCUGAAGCUGCGGCGAGUCAGAGCGGAGGACAACGCGAGCCAGUUUCUGCAGCGAGAGGCCCGGCGGCGCGAGAGGACAGUUUGCUUCGCCUGCUGCCGCUCGAGAGCCUGAGGACUGCGCGUCGCCUGGCUCAUGCAAUGGCGCAGCCGCAGCGGCAGCACGCCAAAGGCACUCGCGUGUCCGCGCUCCAGGAGGAAGUCUUCGGCGUCCUCCUGUCGUGCACACUACGCACCGAGGGGUUCGCUGUUCGCGGCAACGGAGAACACGUUCCGUCUGAAGGAAGUUCAGACCUUCCUCAGCACAGGUCUACAGGCUCUCCAGGGAGCGACAAUCAGCUAGCGGAAGAAGGUUGGUCAAAAUCAAGAGAAAGCGGCCUGCCAUGGCUCCGCGUAAGUGAGGUCGAGGCUGUCGUCGGACCGUACACGGUGGACUGCAUUCUGACCCAGCAUAAUGAUGAAGAUGGCGGGACAGAAACACUGGGCAGGCAUGAACUCGCCUCUCUCGACGUCGAGCAAUGA